AUGGGGGUUCUGUGUUUCGCCAGGGGAGCGUUCACGUCCGCCAGAAAAUACACCGGUCGGCACUUGUACUUCACGUUUUUCUCCAGUGUUUCGGCUCCAGGGGGUGUCCGUGUCAGAGGGUACAGCCAGGACACUGUGGAGAGAAAUGUUGCAGGACAGUGUGUGUGCUAUCACCUUCCUCAAAGGACCUUACUGAAAAUCCAGGGACAAGACACGAGUCCGUUUCUUCAGGGAAUUAUAACCAAUGACAUGAGUCUGCUGGAGGAGCCUGGACUCACAGCCAUGUACUCACAUGUGCUAAAUGUACAAGGGAGAACACUUUUUGACAUCAUGUUGUACAGUCUGAAAGAAGCUGAUGCAGGGCCAGGCGUUUUCUUGGAGUGUGACAGCACAAUUAAGGACUCCAUCUUGAGACAUCUGAAGAUGUACAAGCUCCGCAGAAAGGUCAAUAUAAACCCCUGUCCAGAGCUGUCUGUAUGGGCGGUGCUCUCAAAGCAAAAGAAAGCAGGUCAAGAGGCCGGUAAACCUGAGCUCUCCUCCCCAGACAAAGCUCUUGUAUGGGAGGCUGAUCCUCGCACUCAGGAAAUGGGCUGGAGAUUGGUGUUGGACAGUCAAGAUAACCCCUUGGAUAUCAUUGCAUCAUGUGAGAAAGGUGACACGGUGGACUAUCAAAGACAUCGCUAUGCAAUAGGACUUCCUGAGGGAGUGAAGGACCUUCCCCCUGGGGUGGCACUGCCACUAGAAUCAAAUCUCAUCUACAUGCAGGGUAUCAGUUUUAGCAAGGGCUGUUACAUUGGCCAGGAGCUCACAGCCAGAACUCAUCACACAGGGGUGAUCCGUAAACGCCUGAUGCCAGUACGCUUGUCAGCUCCUCUCCCAGACCUCGAGGACGGAGCAGCGCUGCAAACACAGUCGGGCAAGCCAGCUGGGAAGCACCGAGCGGGGGUUGAUGAGUUGGGUCUGAGCUUAAUCCGCAUGGCUCAUGCCAAAGAAGCGUUGACACUCAAAUCUUCUGAUGACACCACAGUGGCAGUUGAGGCCUCUGUGCCAGCCUGGUGGCCUAAAGACGUGAAGAACAACUGAAGAGAAGGACGUUUUAUAGUUCCCUAAAAUGUGACGCACAUUGAAUCUGACAGACUUCUCAUAGACUCAACCCUGAAGUACAGUAUGUUACACUGUCAUUGCUUAACAGCUGUGUGGCACCAAUCCAUAUUUUUGAGUGAUUUUGUUUUGUUUGUUAUAUCAAAUCUAGUUUUAGAGUGACAAAAAUGUAAAGUAUUAUUCACGACAGAAUUAUGCUAUUUAUCAAAUCUAUUGCAGCACUAUACAACAGGAUGUACCAACAGUCGAUUGGUAUUGGUGGUUGUUGAAUAAAUAUGGAAAGAAAAUCAAUACAAACUCAA